AUGAAAUUUGCGUGGCAAGUUGCCGAUGGAAUGUCGUAUUUGUCAUCGAUAUCAGUAAGUACACACUAUGGGCCGGUUAUUUUAACAAAGCUUAGCUGUUCUUUCACAAAACCACGUUCUAAAACUAUCUAACCUGAAAAUUCUACCUGAACAUUCAUAAUUGUCAAAAAAAUCAACCCUUUUACGGAGAAAGCCCAGUGACUGCGUAAAACCGCGGUUUAGGUUAGACUUCGUGUAAAUAACCGGCCCCAUACAUUUAGUUUGAGACUUACAGAUUGCCCAUCUUACUUAAAACGGACCCUCGUGGCAAUUCUUUUUUCAAUUCUCUCGCAUCCUCCCAAGUCGUUCCAACAUCAAUAAUUUGUUGAGCUUUGCUAUAGAUUAUCCAUCGAGACCUUGCAGCUCGUAAUGUGUUGAUUGGAGAAGGGGAAAUGUGUAAAGUGACAGACUUUGGCAUGGCCAGAGAUGUCCAAGAGGACAACAUUUAUCAACGGAAGUCAAAGGUACCAAACGAUUUUAAGCUGAUAAUUAUGUUGAAAUUAAUGUAAAUUUGUAUGAGUGUCUGCGGUUUUAACUUUACAUAGGUCAUGGGCUCUCUCGGCUUCUUUUCUAACACAUUAAAUCACUGCUAGGACUGCUUCAGUUAGCUAGAGAUCUGUCUACAGUCUUGCAUUGGUUAAGUUGCAUUUAUCCUUGAUCAUGAUCUUUUUAAUAUCCUUAAUCAUGAUCUUUCUAAUUUAGGGGCGUCUCCCUGUCAAAUGGACUGCCAUUGAGGCAUUGCUGUACGGAAAAUAUUCCACAAAGAGCGAUGUGUGAGUACAAGGACUUCAUAAGGUCUAUAAGCAAAAUGGGAAAAGUUAUUGGAUGUCUUCUGUAUGUUAGGUAUUGCAUUUUUUUAAUUGAUGUGGAGAUGUGGAGGAAUCUUAUUAUGAAGGAGUGGUAAUACUCGUUCUGGCUUAGAUUUGUGAGUAAUGUCCCAGGUUCUGCUCUUGUAACGGGUCUAGUGAGCUUCCCACGAAGAAGUUUCAUUUACUUUUUUUUUUAACAGUACGGAAGAGAACGUUUAUUUUCCUUCCUCGUUUGUUCUACAGGUGGAGCUACGGAGUUCUCCUCUAUGAGAUUUUCACGAUUGGUAAGUUGUGAGAUUAAUGACCAGACCAUUAAUUUUAGCGUCAACGUGUCAACAAAAGUGGCACUUGUAUCGACAUGUGGUCAUAAAGUAAGCAGGGUGUACCGUUCUCUGAGGAAUUCGGUUUUGCCUUUGUGAUUUGUAACUGCCAAGCCACCUUAGAUUGCCUCAGUCGCUGAACUUAUUCGAAAAAGACAAAGGAACAAUGGUGUAGGAAUUAUAUUGUAAAAAUAUAUUUACAAGUGUUGGGCCCUUCUUGAAAGAGUGCAUUGAGAGUACCUGCUUUAUUUUAGGUGGUUCACCUUAUCCAAGGAUGGAUGGAAGAAAAAUUGCAAAGUUGCUAGAGGAGGGAUACAGAAUGCCUAAACCACAACAUGUGGAUGAGAAGUUGUAUGAAGAUUGUGUUGUUGUCUUUUUUUCGUUGCCUUUUCUCUUACAGCAGUAAUAUUUAUUUUAAAUGUUCUUUUUGCUAAAGAGGCAUGCACAGCCAAAAUUAAACCCGUUUUAUUUUCCGAGCCAGCCUUCUUAAGGAAAAUAUUGGAAUGAGUCAAUGAUCACGAGUUUGUCUCUUGUGGUGAUUGAAGAAAGAAGCAAACUGUCCUACCGUAUAUGCAACAUUUUAUGUCUAACAAUAUCCUAACUGAGGCCAGUGAGAACAUACUGAGAUAUCCUUGACGUCUUUGUGUUUAAGGUAUAAAAUAAUGGCAAACUGUUGGAAAGACGAGCCUCACUUGAGACCAUCUUUUGAGAAGUUGAGAAACGAACUCAAAGAAAUGGAAAACCAGCACAAGGUAGGUUUGUGGAGUUAACUGUGAUCGUUCAAAGUUUUAUCUGACUUUCAUAAACUUACAAUCGUGGAAUAUCGUUAGUUUAAAGUCGGCAGAUUUUGUGUAUUUUAAUUUAUAACGAAAAUUACUGGAGUUUCGAAGCUACUUUAUCUAAAUUAUGAGGUAAAAAUAAUGGAUCAGAACUCCAGCGAGUAUUCUUGUACAAGUUUUAAAGCUUGUUCUGAAAACAUGGAAAGGGGAUUGAUUUUGUGUUUCAAGAUAUUCUCUGAAUCCAUCAGUGAAAACCCAAAGAAAAUGCUAGGUUGUAUUUAGUUAAUACCAAUAAGCUCCUUUGAACGGUCAGUUGGGUCUGUAAACAAGCACACUGAUAUUCUUUGCCUUUUUCUAUUCCUUUUUUUGAUGUACCACUGUCAAAUGCAUGUAAUAAUGGCGUCACUAUGAAGUGUUCGAAAGUUGCAUGUCUAUUUUAUUUCGGUUAUUUCCAAGUAUAAUAUCAUCACCAACAUGCUCUUCACAAACGAUAAAAAAUCAUUUUAAAUGGGGCCUUUAUAGCGAGCGAUUAAGAUUUUCUAAUUUUUACCCCUUUUUUCGCAGGGGCUGAUAAACUUAAACAAUUACGACGGUCGACUCUACGUUAAUGUUGACGAUCUUGCUGUGUAA